UUAAUCAUUACGUUUUUUUAAAUAUAUCUUUCGAUUACUGUUUUAAUUAGUGUCAAUGCCGCUUUUAUUUCGAUUUGGCCUCCCACCUCUCUCUCUCUCUUUGCCAUUUCAACAGCCCUGUAAUAGACUCAUCUUCUUCCUCAGCUUCCUAGUUUGCAGAAUUUCAUUCUUGUUGUGUGGGUUUUGAAGAUUCUCUGCCAUGGAGGUCGAUGCAAGUGAAGGAGACAAGUCCAAGCUCGAGAACUAUCAAGUCAUGAAGCAAAUUGAGAAAGGCUCGUUUGGUUCUUCUUUCGUGGUUCUCCACAAAACCGAGAACAAGAAGUAUGCAAUGAAGCGGAUUCGGUUGGCUAAGCAGACAGAGAAGUUUAAGCAGACUGCUUACCACGAGAUGAACUUGAUCGCGAAAUUAAAUAAUCCAUAUAUAGUGCAAUGCAAGGAUUCUUGGGUUGACAAGGACAAUAAUGUCUACUUUGUAACUGCACACUGUGAGGGAGGAAACAUGGCUGAGGCUAUUAGAAAAGCCAGAGGAAAGUUAUUCCCGGAGGAGAAAAUCUUCAAAUGGUUGACCCAGUUGUUACUUGCUGUUGAUUACUUGCACUCAAACCGUGUACUUCAUAGGGAUCUCAAGUGCUCAAGCAUUUUCCUAACAGAGGAUGAGGACAUCCAGCUUGGUGACGUCGGCUUGGCAAAACUUCUCCAUCCAGAAAAGCCAUCUUCCUCGGUUUCUGCCACUCCGAACAGAUUAUGCCCUGAGGUUCUAGAAAAUAUACCGUAUGGAUAUAAGUCCGACAUAUGGUCUCUGGGCUGCUGUAUCUUUGAGAUUACUGCUCAUCAGCCUUCAUUUAAAGCAUUGGAUACGGCUGGUCUCAUCAACAAGAUCAAUAGAUCCAUUAUGUCUCCUCUUCCGAUUGUAUACUCGUCCAACUUGAAACAAAUUAUCAAGGCUAUGCUAAGGAAGAAGCCGGAACAUCGGCCUACGGCUGCAAAACUUUUGAGGAACCCUUGUCUCCAGGCAUACGUCCUUCGGUGUGAAAACCCGUCGCCUGUUUAUCUUCCUGUUUUCCUGAUAAAGCCGACAAACAGCCCCAAGGAUAAAGCAAGAAGAAAAUCGUUGCCGGGCAAGCUUGUGAAUGAGAACGACUACAGAGAGAGAGGAGAGGUGGCUCGGAGUUUGGAGAAUCUGUAUUCAUUUCAGUCAAUGGCUGAAGCUCACUCAAGCAGCUCGUCUCAAAGUGCAAAGUCGGUAUCAAUGAGUAGUGCAGAGGACAAACUUGAAACCAAAAGAAUUGAUCCCACUUGCUGCACGUUGAAUAUUCCCAAGCCUACCGUCCAUAGUUCAAGUGACAGUCUGGCUGAGCCAGAGAUGGCCAUCUACUCUGCAGAAAAGCAAGACGAACAUGCUACAGUUCCGAAAGAAGCAGUAAUGCCCUUCACUGAGGAUUCUCAGUUGUUGCAUGAGAUUGAUGUCAAGGUUGUGAGCACAAAAGAUGAACCAUUGUGCCCUCAACAAGCCAUCGAAGAAACUGAAGUUGAAGGGACUGAGCCGAGAAACCCGCCUAUCUCGAGCACCGCUCCUUCAAGUGACGCCAGCUUGGCUGAUGUUACGAGCAACCUAACCGAAAAAACAAGUCUAGAGAAAUCUACAGAAGUUGACACAACAGCUGAGUCCCUGUCGGGAAGCAUUCACACCGACAAAGACAGAACAAGUGGAAAACCAGACACGGGCAUCGAUGCCAGCUCGAUGGAAGUAAAAGACGAAGAUGCAAAGGCGAUAAAUCUGACAGCAAGUGACAUGUCAUUGCUGAGUAAGCUUACAAAGCUGGGUAUUGAUGGAAGUCUGAAUCAUGAAAGGGCUAAUGCCUUGGAAUCUCUGCUAGAGCUAUGUGCAAGGCUGCUCAAGCAAGAGAAAUAUGAUGAUCUCGCUGGUGUGUUAAGACCGUUUGGUGAAGAAGCUGUCUCUUCAAGAGAAACCGCCAUCUGGUUGACAAAGAGCCUUUUGUCUGUCCACAACUUCAACGAAGGAACAUAGAUUAUUACCUGUUAUCUUUUCCAAGUUUUUUUUUCCAUUUUAUGUGAUGUUAUAAUGUUUUGGUGUGAUCUGUUUCGAGAUGAGAGGUUUGAACAUAAGAUAUGCUAGAUUUCUUUUGGUCUGUCUUCUGUGGUGUUUUUUUUUAAACCCGUGUGAACAAAUGAUGAUUAUAUGUAAUGAUCUGAAAAAAUUUUGCUGGAGAGUUGAUGCCUAUGCAGA